AUGUCACCUUCAUCUGUCGUUAAUGUUUUUAAGGAGUUUUCUAAGGAGUUUUCUGAAGAUCAGUUGAUUGCAAUUAGAGCUAUAGGAUUUGGGUCCUUGGAGUUUUUGAAAGUGUCCCAACUGCCUUUGCAAUUGGGUUUUUGGAUGAUAAAGUUAUUGACCAAUGGAAAAAAACAAUUCCCAAAGAAUUCGUUAUCUGUGAACAAUGGGGAACUUUCAAUGUACUUGAAGGACCAUAAAUCAGCUGGGCCAAUGUUCAAACGCAAUUUCGUAGUUCUUUGUGUUUCCACUUUAAUGUCAGGAGGACAAAACAAGAAUGUUAAUCAUGAUGUUCUCAGAUAUUUGACUAAUGUUGCUAAAAUCAAGGAUUUAAAUUGGUCGAAGUUUAUCCUUGAUUCUCUUGUGAAGGCGAAGAUCAAAUGGGAUGAGCUUCCUACUCGCUGCUUUCCAGGAUCUUUAUUAUUUCUUAUGCUUUUAUAUGUUGAUCAAUUUGUCAUUGAGGAAGUUAGAGCCAAACGAGAAACUCCUGUUCUCAAAGGUUGGAUAACCAAUAUGUUGUCUAGCCGUGAGAAAUUGAAAAUUUUUAAGGGGAGGCUUGGAAUUUUCGAUAAAAAUCUGAAGGUUGUUGGUCCUUCUGGCAACAAACAACCAAAAAUGGAAACAUCUGUUCCAACUGUUCCACAAACUAACGAAGAUGUUGAAGUAGAUCCAAAGAAGAAAUGCCUAAUGGAUCUUGCAGAAGCUUCGACUAAGCUGGUGUUGGCAUACAUGGACUUUCAUGAAAAACAUGAACUAGCUGUCAACCAUUUUCCUCACAAUGAGAAAAUACGGAAGCUGAAGGAAGAUGCAAUGGGUAUUUGUGACGAGCAAAGAUUGAGUUCUCUAGCUAUGCCAGAAAAUCAUAGCUUUUCUUUUAGCCAAGACGAUGAGUAUUGGCAAGAUUCAGCUGUCAUCGAAGCUUGGGAUAGAUUUUUCAUGAUUUCAGCUAAUGAGAAGAAUGUUGAAUCCUCUUUCUUUGCUAGGGCUGAUUGUCUAACCGUAACAGGAGCCAUUGAUGUUACAAAGAUUGCUGUUGAAAGUGUUCAGAUAGCAAAUAGUCUUUCGGAAAAUGAAGGUCCCGCUAUUGUUGUUGAAACUGAAAAAGUUGAAGGAGGUUCAAGUAUUCGAUCUGGUUUGAGAUCUUCAGUUAAAAAAGGAUUUGGAACUCUACUUUCAGUUUAGGAUUUGAUUCUCAAAAUAUUGAUGAU